AAGAGAGUUGUGUUUGAAUGUAUUCGACUGGAAUCUUUUCACCCUCUCUCCGCUGUGAUCCCUCCCCGCUCAACCUCUACGUGUUACGCACGGGUUCAAACUGGCGACACCGGGACGCAAUAAGGGGUCGGAAUUAUUUCAGACGUGGAUACUCAGGCUUGAAGAGCGGUGAAUGGUGCUGUCUUGCUCGCGAUAACGUUAACUGUUUUAUUUUCCACCGAACAUUGAAUAACACCGGCGGCAUGUAAACUGUGCGCUCCACCACCGUAGGUGGCAGUAACGAAUCUUACAUUUAUUCAAUAUCACCGCAAAUAUCUUUAGUAGAAGAAGAAAAGCGGCGGACCAGUACAGGAGCAAACGACAACAAAAACAACGCACACUUGAUUGGUGGGGACCUCCGCAGAAAUUAUACAUAGUACGUUCUUGGAUGUUUUCUUGGAGUGCGCAAUCGUCCAACGCGGAAAAGAUGACUGUCGCUUACAUAAACAGAGCCGAAGAAACUCUUCCCCUGGAACUGAAUGAAGAAUUUUCUUCCACAUUACAUCUUGGUGAACACCAAGGCCACAGAAACAACUAGCUAGCAACAUAGCUAGCUUGCUACUGCACACAUAUGAUACUAGCCUAUAUGUGUGUGUCUGGGUAAUCGACGCGCAGGAGAACAGUUGCGUGAAAGUCUGUUAGCUAGCUAUAAACGGGUACCAAUUUUUACGCAAAUAAAAUUACGAUUUUUUUGUUUCAAAGCGUGGCAUGUUGUAUAAAUCAAAUCCUUUUGAAUAGCUAUCUUGCCAACUAGUGGUGGCGAGUGAAGAGGCAAAACGAGAGCUAGCUAAGCUUAGCUCAUUUCUGCUAACUAGCUUGCUGGCUGUUAACAAGUUGGAAAUAGCUUGGGAACUAAAUCCGAAGUUCAUACAGAUAUAACAAAUAUUGUUUAAUAUUAAAAAAACACGAACAUUGUUGCAUUUGCUUUUUUUUUUUAUAAAGAAAUUGGUGCUUGGAUUUCACCACGACUUCAUUCGCCCGGGUGUCGUAUUCGUGGAGUUCCAGGUUUUUUUAGCAGAGUGCUGGGACUGAUUGUCCCAGCAGCACCCACAAGGACUAUUCGGGGCCGAUGCGGACAAUCCAGCCCGGUUCACGGCAACGCGAGCCAUGCAGCCGCAACAAAUAUACGACUUUUCCAGCGAAGAAAACAGUCAUAAAUGGCGAGGCCUCUUCGUUCAAGCGCUGCGAAAGGUGCAGCUCCAGGUGCACCCCAACCUCUCCGCCAAAGAAGACGCCCUGCAGCACAUCGAGGAGCUGAUCCUGCAGCUCCUCAACAUGCUGUGUGUGGCACAGCCCCGCACCGUGCAGGACGUGGAGGAGCGCGUGCAGAAGACCUUCCCCCACCCCAUCGAUAAGUGGGCCAUGUCCGACGCCCAGUCCGCCAUCGAGAAGCGCAAGAGGAGGAACCCCCUCCUCCUGCCUGUGGAUAAGAUUCACCCGCUGCUGAAGGAGGUCCUGGGAUACAAGAUAGACUACCACGUGUCUCUGUACAUCGUGGCUGUCCUGGAGUACAUCUCAGCCGACAUCCUCAAGCUGGCGGGGAACUACGUGGGGAACAUCCGCCACUACGAGAUCACCCAGCAGGACAUCAAGGUCUCCAUGUGUGCAGACAAGGUGCUGAUGGACAUGUUCGACCAGGACGAGGACAUCGGGCUGGUGUCCCAGUGCGGGGACGAGCCCUCGGCCUCCGGGGAGCUGACGUACGAUGACCUGGUGCGCCUGGAGAUCGCCGAGGAGCGCCAGUACCUGCGCGAGCUGGACCUCAUCAUCAAAGUGUUCCGCAAAGCCUUCCUGCCCAACAGCAAGCUCUUCACCGCAUACGACGUGGAGGUGAUCUUCAGCAACAUCCUGGACAUUCACGAGCUGACGGUGAAGCUCCUGGGCUUGAUCGAGGACGCGGUGGAGAUGACUGCUGACGGCAGCCCUCACCCGCUGGUGGGCAGCUGCUUCGAGGACCUCGCCGAGGAGCAGGCCUUCGACCCCUACGAGACCCUGUCCCAGGACAUCCUCUCCCGGCAGUUCCAGGAGCAUUUCAACAGCGUCAUGACCCGGCCCAACGUGGCCCUGCACUUCCAGUCCAUCGCUGAAGGCUUCAUGGAGGCUGUCCAGUAUGUCCUGCCCCAGCUCAUGAUGGUCCCUGUCUAUCACUGCUUGCACUACUUUGACCUGCUGCAGCAACUGCAGGAGCGCAGUGAGGAUGAGGAUGAUCGGGAGUGUCUGAAACAGGCCAUCACAGCCCUGCUCAACCUGCAGUGCAGCGUGGAGCGCAUCUACGGCAAGCACCUGCCACGCCGCAAGCCUGGGGAGCCCAUGUACCGCCUGUACAGCCGGCAGGUGCGGAGCAAGCAGCUGGCCAUCAAGCGCAUGAACGAGAUCCAGAAGAGCAUCGACGGCUGGGAGGGCAAGGACAUCGGCCAGUGCUGCAGCGAGUUCAUCCUGGAGGGGGCGCUGUGGCGCGCGGGCGCCAAGCACGAGCGCCACAACUUCCUGUUCGACGGGCUGAUGAUCAGCUGCAAGGCCAACCAGAGCUCGCGGCUGCCCGGCGCCGGCAGCGGCGCGGAGUUCCGGCUGAAGGAGAAGUUCGUCCUGCGCAAGGUGCGCAUCUCGGACCGCGAGGACUCGCCGGAGCUGCGGCACGCCUUCGAGGUGACGGGCCGCGAGGAGAGCAGCGCCGUGUUCUACGCCCGGUCGGCGGAGGAGAAGAGCGCGUGGAUGGCGGCGCUGGUGACGCUGCAGUACCGCUCCACGCUGGACCGCAUGCUGGACACGGUGCUGCAGCACGAGGAGCAGGCCCAGCCGCUGCGGCUGCCCGCGCCCGAGCUCUACCGCUUCGCCGUGCGCGACUCCGAGGAGAACAUCGUCUUCGAGGACCGCGUGCAGAGCAAGACCGGCAUCCCCAUCAUCAAGGCCGGCACCGUGGUCAAGCUCAUCGAGAGGCUCACGUACCACAUGUAUGCAGAUCCCAACUUUGUACGCACUUUUCUGACCACGUAUCGCUCCUUCUGCAAACCACAAGAGCUGCUGAGUCUGCUGAUCGACAGGAUUGAGAUCCCAGAGCCCGAGCCCACAGAGGUGGACCGACAGGCCCUCUGGAAUGGGGAUCAGCCAAUGGCUGCGGAGCUCCAGAGGUUCCGCAGGGAGUACGUUCAGCCAGUCCAGCUCAGGGUGCUUAACGUGUUCCGGCAGUGGGUCGAACAUCAUUUCUACGACUUUGAGAACGACCCAGAGCUGUGCAUCAGACUGGAGGAGUACAUCACCAGCAUCAUCCAGCUGAGAGGUAAGUCGAUGAGAAAGUGGGUAGAGUCCAUCAACAAGAUCAUCAAGCGGAAGAUGCAGAUGCAGUCAAAUGGCGUGAGUCACAACAUCACCUUCGAGAACCAGCCCCCUCCAAUCGAGUGGCACAUCAGCCGGGCAGGGCAGGUCAACACCUUUGACCUCAUGACCCUUCACCCCAUCGAGAUCGCCCGGCAGCUGACGCUGCUGGAAUCAGAGCUCUACAGGGCGGUAAGGCCCUCUGAGCUGGUAGGGAGCGUCUGGACCAAAGAGGACAAAGAGAAUAACUCCCCAAACCUGCUCCGAAUGAUCCGCCACACCACCAACCUGACGCUGUGGUUCGAGAAGUGCAUCGUGGAGGCGGAGAACCUGGAGGAGCGGGUGGCGGUGCUGGGGCGCAUCAUCGAGAUCCUCCAGGUCUUCCAGGAGCUCAACAACUUCAACGGCGUCCUGGAGAUCGUCAGCGCCAUCAACUCCGUGCCCGUCUACCGGCUCGAUCACACCAUCGAGGCCGUGCCCGAGAGGAGGAAGAAGGUUCUAGAAGAAGCCGUGGAGCUCAGCCAGGACCACUUUAAGAAAUACUUGGCAAAGCUCAAGUCCAUAAACCCACCUUGUGUGCCUUUCUUUGGUAUCUAUCUCACCAACAUCCUGAAGACGGAGGAGGGAAACCCCGACUUCCUUAAGCGCCACGGGAAGGAGCUGAUCAACUUCAGCAAGCGGAGGAAAGUGGCCGAGAUCACGGGGGAGAUCCAGCAAUACCAGAACCAGCCUUACUGCCUACGGACCGAGCCCGACAUCAAGAGGUUCUUUGAAAAUCUGAACCCCAUGGGUACCAUGAGCGAGAAGGAAUUCUCCGACUACCUGUUCAACAAGUCCCUGGAGAUCGAGCCACGGAACUGCAAGCAGCCUCCGAGAUUCCCCCGGAAGACUCCGUUCCCCCUGAAGUCCCCGGGGAUCCGGCCGGUGCGCCACGCCUCUACCUCGGGCACACUGAAGGGCCACCCCGUCCCCCUGGAGAGGGAGCCCCCCCACAAGAUCACCUUCCGCAGCAUCGCCGAGACCGAGCCGGAGACGGCCCCCUCCGUGCCCACCUCCCCCAACACCCCAACCCCCCCGCAGUCCGCCUCCGCGGACCUCUCCGUGUUCGCAGAGCCUGAUCUCAACAGCUCCUACGGUAGCGGUGUGUUCACCACAAUUCUGCAGCCACAUUCAAAGUUCCACUCCGUCUCAUGUGGGAGUCUCCACCAGCUGAGCGAAGAGCUGCUCAGACCCCCCCCACUCCCCCCUCGCAGGAAAGACGCCUUUUCUGAAGCCAAGUUGAGCUGCAGGUCUGACAGUCCUCCAGCCGUGCCCCCCAGGCUGCCCCCCACGCUGCCCAGGCUCCAGCCCCGAUUCCCGCUCUACAACGGUCCCAGCCCCCCUCCGCCUCCACCCCCGCCCCGGGACCCGAUGCCAGACACCCCGCCGCCCGUACCCCAACGCCCGCCGGAGAUCUUCAUCAACUACCCCCCGCAGCCCUCCCCCGGGAACCGCCACCCCUGGGAUUUCGGGAGCUCCCCCAGCUCCCCCAACACGCCCCCGGGCACGCCGUCGCCCCGGGUCACCCGCCGAUGCCCCCUCAGCAGCAGCCAGAACAGCCUGUGCCAGCUCUCCACCCUGAGCGCCGCCCCGCCCGUGCCCCCCCGCCACAACUCCAGCCCCCAGCUCCCCAAACUCCCCCCAAAGACCUACAAGAGGGAGCUCUCCCAACCCACGCCACACAGCCUCUCAUUGGUCAACAUGGACGGCCACCACUGAGACCCCCCCCCCCCAGCCAAUGACUUCAGUUGUUUUCUCUUGUUUUGGUUUUUAAUGUUUAAUGUUUAAUGUUUUUUUUUUUUUUUUCUUGUGAACAAGCUCCACUCCUGCCUGCUGUUUUCUGGCACUCCAGGGAAUGUGUGGUUUGAAUUAGAAAUGAAACUUUUACUGUAAACGAUGGCCUUUUUAAAAGCUCUUAGUCACAGAACUGUGGAGAGACCCUAUUUUUUUUUUUUUUUUAAAGCUACUGAUCAGAAAUGAGACUGAGCCCUCACUCUGCACUCCACCUGUCCGUCUGCAGCGUUGACCAAUCGCGGCACGCCUCUCAGGGGAUCAGUAGCUCCGCCUUCACUUCAAGCCCUCUGUGCCAAUAGCAUCACAGCCGUGUGCCUGUUACCGCUGCACAUCGUUAGGGAGCUCCUGGUCGCCUGACCGUCGCCAAGAAGACCCGCAGUUCACUGUGUGUCAGCACCUGUGUGUGUCUGAGUGGGUGAGUGUGUGUGUGUGUGUGUGUGUGUGUGUGUGUGUGUGUGUGUGUGUGUGUGUGUGUGUGAGCACCUGUGUGUGUCUGAGUGGGUAAGUGUGUGUGUGUGUGUGUGUGUGUGAGAGCACCUGUGUGUGUGUGUGUGUAGACAUGUUCAGGUUGGCUGUGCAGUGUGUGAAAGGAGUGGAGUGUAGUCUACACGGGCAGUGAGGGGGUGUGUAGUCUGUACACGGGCUGUGAGGGGGUGUGUAGUCUGUACACGGGCAGUGAGGGGGUCUG